AUGUAUAUUUACCUGGCGAUGCUUAUUGGAGACGAGUAUAGACAUUGGAUUUACGUCACUAUCGUCGUUGUUGGUGCUGGAGCUGCCUCCUCUCGCCGCUUUCCUCUGCUUUGCUGGUCCCACGAAGAAACCAUAGCCCUAAUCGAUGCAUAUCGGGGCAAGUGGUACUCCCUUCGUCGCGGUAAUCUUCAGGCCAACCACUGGCAGAAAGUCACCGACGAUGUCACCAUUAGAUGCCCCAUCGAUUCUCCCAAUACCGUUGUGCAGUGCUGGCACAAGAUGGAGAAGCUUAAGAAACGAUACCGUGCCGAGAUUCAACGCACCGCUCCCUACGGUGGUGUUCGCUCCCACCGUUACUGCUCCUCCUGGGUCUUGUUCAAGCUCAUGGAUGCCAUGGAAAGAGGUACCAACGCCACCGCCUCAUCUCUGCCACCUGAUGAGGAGGAACUCGAGGAUGAUGCGGAAGAUAUCAAGCAAAAUAGCGUCAAACACAUCUGUGAUAUAUAUAUUUGGCUGGAAACAAUAUGGUAG